AGUAAAAUAAAAUAAAAUCAAAAUCCUUAAGACAAGAUUGGACCCAUGCGGUGACUCAACUACCAUCUAUAAAAUAAGCUAAGAAAUAAGAAACUAAUAGGUCGAGGUUGGCCUAUUCGUACAAGUGACUUCUUGUAUCUAUCAAAAAAGCCAAGUGUUUUUAAUAGUCUGGACUAUCAUGUCUCCUUUCAAUCUUCAGACCUGUGCAAGGUCCAAUAUUCUAGCGUUGGAACCGUACCGCUGUGCGCGAGAUGACUACAAGGACGACGGUACAAACAUUCUUCUUGAUGCCAACGAGAAUGCUCUUGGACCGCCCUUGACAGCGGAUGCUGUAUCAGCUGUGUCGAAGGGCUCCGGGGUCGAGAUAGACUUCCUGGGACUGCACAGGUAUCCAGAUCCGCACCAACGGGAUCUAAAGCAGCUGCUCUGCAAUCUGCGGAACACUCACCACCACACAGACAAAAACAUAACACCGGACAACCUGUUUGUCGGCGUUGGCAGCGAUGAGGCUAUCGAUGCGCUGCUGAGAUGUUUCUGUGUUCCCGGUCGGGACCGCAUUUUGGUAUGUCCUCCAACGUACGGCAUGUACUCCGUGUCAGCACAGGUCAACGAUGUUGGACUGGUCAAAGUUCCUCUUUUGCCGGCUCCGACGUUUGGAGUUGACGUAGCUAAAGUACUAGAGGCGCUCUCGACGGAGCAGAAUAUCAAGCUUAUCUACUUGUGCUCACCGGGAAACCCGACCGGCUCGCUACUGGCUAAGGAGGAUAUAAAGCAGAUUUUAGAGCACCCAACGUGGAACGGCAUAGUAGUCGUUGAUGAGGCAUACGUCGACUUUGCGCCCGAAGGUAGUUCGUUGGCGGAAUGGGUUGCCGAAUGGCCUAACCUAGUCGUCAUGCAGACGCUCUCAAAGGCGUUCGGUAUGGCGGGCAUCCGGCUUGGAGCAGCGUUCGCAGCGCCGCCGGUCGCGCAACUCCUCAACAACAUCAAAGCGCCAUACAAUGUCUCCAGCCCAACUAGCGCAUUGGCAUCAUACGUAGCUUCAGACGAAGGCUUAGCGACGAUGCGCGCAAACAGGGAGAAGAUUGUGCAACAAAGGGAGAGGUUACUCAAGGAACUACCUAAAAUUAAGGGUGUAGGACGGCUGCGCGGCGGAACGAGCAGUAACUUCCUGCUUUUCGAGAUGCUGAACGCGGAGGGCAGGCCGGAUAAUGUGACCGCGCUGGCGGUGUACGAGACGCUGGCGGAGAAUAAAGGCGUCGUGGUGCGGUUUAGGGGUAAGGAGCACGGGUGUCUAGGAUGCUUACGAGUCACGGUCGGGACGGAAGACGAGGUCACUAGAUUCCUUAAAGCUAUAGAACAGGCGCUUUCUGAGAUCAACGGGCACAAGACGGAGGUACCGGCAGACGAGGCGAAAAGAGAGGCUGAGGCGAAUGGUGUUGUGGGAUAGACGAUUGAGUGGUUAAGAUAAAAAAAGGUCUAGAUAGAUGAAAAGGGGUUUAUACAUUUAGGAGAGGAGGUUUGUUGCAUGGUUGAGUUUUACGUACUUCAUGAAAACUAGACAAAUUUCUAUAGCUAUGAUAAAAUAGAGAAGUCAUAUAUCUUAAA